CGACGCGACGCUCCCCCAUCCCGUCUCCCGUUCGGCCGUCCCCUCCUCCCACCACCGCUGCCGCUUCGCACCAUCCGCUCCUCUCCGCGCCGCUCCAAGUUUCGUGAGGAGUUGAUCACGAAGUGGUGGUGGAUAUGGGCCAGAUCCAGUACUCCGAGAAGUACUUCGACGACACCUACGAGUACAGGCACGUCGUCCUUCCGCCCGAGGUCGCCAAGCUACUCCCCAAGAACCGCCUCCUCUCCGAGAACGAGUGGCGCGCGAUCGGCGUGCAGCAGAGCCGCGGGUGGGUGCACUACGCGAUCCACCGGCCGGAGCCGCACAUCAUGCUGUUCCGCCGCCCGCUCAACUUCCAGCAGCAGCAGGAGGCGGCCGCGGCCGCGGCGGCGCAGAUGCUGCCCAAGUAACCGGCCCGCGGGGGGUUUGCAAUGUGCGAAACCCUAGCCCCUUUUCAUCUCUAAAAGGGGGGGUCGCGAUACAGCUAAUUUACUCUCGUUCGUUCGUUCGUUGGUUGUCGGUGGUGUCCACCUUGUGUUCGUGCAAAUGCCAGAGCAGGAACUGGCAUGUAAACGUCUGUGUUACUAUCAUAGUAGUCUCCAUUGCUAAGCUAUUACUAUAUGUGAUGCUGGUACUGUUGUUAAACUUUUACUGUGACAAUCUGAUUGUGGUUAUGCUUAGCAUUGC